GCCUUGACCUCAGCUGGCAGGUGCGAAUCACUGUGGGAGGAGUGGUGGAAAGACAUGAGACACUUUUGUUGCACAAUUGACACCGAGAUACAGCGGGGCAUGCAACAUGCAAACAUGCAUCUCUCUCUUUGUUCACUGUUCAGCUUCAUUUUGCCCACGUGCCCAUUCUCAACAAUUAAAAAGGACAGAGACCGUCCCCAGACCCUCCAGCAUCUCUUCCAGAUUUCGUAUCUGUCCCUUUCUCCCUUUGUUCACGGGUUUAUUUGAUAACUACUCAUCAUGGCGAUCAAGGACUACGGAGUCUGGGUUGCACAACCCAUCUCAUUCAAAGCCGACGGCCCCUCAGACAAGACUCCUCACAUCAAUCUGAAGUUCCAAGACGAUUCAGGCAGCAAGAAUCUCAGUGCAGCCAUCAAUGUCAAAUCGACCGACACUGAUUCCCGCCUCGUCUAUUGGUUCAACAAGGCCUUCACACAUCCCAUCAUCAGCAGCCUCCCAAACCUCCAAUCCGGCUUCAACUCACUCUCAAGCGAUGGUUCCAAUGAUUUGGCCCUCGACUUUGCACGUACACAGCCUCAGCUGGUGGUCCUGAGCCAGGGCACAAUUCUUCCCUACGAAGCCUCGGGUCCCAACAACGACAUUCUCGACGACUUGGAACCCGUGUUGACAGAUGCCAUCCAGCAAAAGGCCACCAUCUAUAUCUUCGGCUCGUCUUAUGGAACAGGCAUACACGACAUCCACAUGAAUCAGGGCAGCUUGCCACAAUUUGACAAUGCGGUGUGGUCGGACGGUGCUUUGGUCUUUGCGUUCCCAGAUGGACAUUGGGAGGCUGUCUUCAUUGCCUUUGCCUCGCAGGAACUACCCACCGACGAUUCAACAGGAGAGCCAUUGCAGGACAGCACGCCGCUCUCGGAGACAGCACACCCGGUGGAAUAGUAAUGGGGUUUUGUCACUCAUGUGAGAGCUCAGAGCUUGAAUACAUAGCGCAGGAAUGGGUUUGUCAUGACCACAGCUGGCUGAGAGGUCGCUUGACCGAUGCUAGAUAAGGGCGGCCGCUGGACUCGCAAAGUGUGUCCACAUAACGAUAACGAUAGAAGCAUUGCACCAUCUCAUUGUUUAUAACACUUCAGACCAAGGCUCCCGUCCUCCUCUUAGAUCCCACACAUAGCCGAGGAGUAAGAUCGUCACACGCAGCGUGGCUCGAAGUAGUCAUGU